AAUAAAAUAUAUUAGUUCAACGAUCACAGAAUCAACAAGGUUGCACCACUUGCUCGUCGUGUUCGACGCUAGAUGCUCCAAUAUAGAAUUAUUUUUACAUCAGGCAAAUGCUACUAAUAAGUUCCGCAGUCCUAUUCGUUGGUUUUUUAUCGGAACAAUGAGAAUAAUAACAGAAAUGUUAUUACCCUAUAAUAUUUUAAUUGAUUCAGAAGUUCUUGUCGCCGACGAAAAUGCAACUUCGUUUAAUAUAUUUAUCCUUUACAAAAUCCAAGCUGAGAAUAAUCACUGGAAUGUGGAGACAUUUGGACACUGGACAUCUUCGUAUGGGUUAUUUAUUAAUAAGGAAAUGUAUACGCCUACAUCGAUGCGACGGAAAAAUUUAAUGGGAGCUCCUAUCAAGUCAUCGGUGGUUGCCACCGAAGACCGAACCAGAAAUGAGAUUAUGAGUCUACGGAAUAUCUUCCAAGAUCCUGUAUCCAGAGUAAACUAUCGCCAGCUUAGUCCAAUUCAUGACUUCAUGAAUGCUACAAGGGUUACACUGUUCACAAAAACAUGGGGUUAUAUUUUGAAUGGUUCAUACAACGGUAUGGUCGGGGAUUUGACGACUGGAAAUGCUGAUCUUGCCGGUACCAUGAUAUACAUGAACAAGCCAAGAUUAGACGUUCUCGAUUUUCUGUCAUAUCCAUCACCACCUUUAACAAAGUUUGUAUUUCGCCAACCCUCCCUUUCAUAUCAGAAUAAUCUUUUCAUUCUGCCCUUCAAGCCCGUAGUUUGGCUGUGCAUUGCUGCUCUUACCGUAUUAUUAUCAGUUUUAAUUUACAUAAAUACAUAUUGGGAAUGUGUCAAACAAGAUAAGAAAAGAAAGUUUGAUCAAACAGCUUUAAAUCCUGACAUUAGUGAGAUCAUAAUUAUGGUGAUAAGUGCUAUAUCUCAACAAGGGACCAUUACAGAACUGAAAGGGUCUCUGGGAAGAUCCGUAAUGUUCAUUCUGUUCUUCUGUUUUGUGUUAAUAUACACCUCGUAUUCUGCGAACAUUGUGGCUCUAUUGCAAUCCAAAUCUAACCAGAUUAGGACAUUGUCGGACUUGUUAAAUUCUAGACUAGAACUGGGUGCGGAGGAAAAUGUGUAUAAUCGUUAUUUUUUCUCGACGGCAGCAGAUCCUGUUAGAAAGGCAAUAUACGAAAGGAAAGUAAAAUCUAAUUUCCUUACAUUAGAAGAAGGAGUUAUAAGAAUGCAAACGACCCCUUUUGCAUUUCAUAUUAAUGUUGGCGUAGGAUACAGAAUGGUUGAAAAGCAUUUUCAGGAACAUGAAAAAUGUGGUCUUCAAGAAAUCCAAUUUAUUCCACAAAAUAAAGCAUGGCAAACGUGUCGUGUCAACACUCCGUAUAAAGAAAUUUUUAAGAUCGGACUAUAUAGAAACCAAGAACAUGGGUUCAAUGACCGCGAGAAUCGACUCAUCUACGGCAAGAAACCUUCGUGUGCCUUCACCGGGAGUAGCUUCGACUCAGUUAACAUGAUUGACUUUUAUCCCGUACUUCUACUCUUCACAUACGGAUUCAUAAUAGCUAUCAUGAUAUUAUUUCUUGAGUUGUUAUAUAAGUAUCGUAUGACAGAAAAGGAGUUAAACUAA